GAGCCAUUCAUAUUGAAGUGAUAGAAUCCAUGGACACUUCAAGCUUUAUAAAUUCUUUCAGAAGGUUUUUUGCUAUACGUGGUCAAGUCAAAACUAUCAGAUCUGAUCGUGGUACCAACUUCGUUGGAGCAUGCCGUGAACUUGGAAUCUCUUCCAACCUUAACUAUGAAGAGAUAGAAAGUUUCCUUUCCAAACAAGAGGUGUGUUGGAUCUUUAAUCCUCCUCAUGCCUCCCACAUGGGAGGUGUGUGGGAAAGAAUGAUAGGAGUUGCAAGAAGAAUAUUAGACUCCAUGCUUCUACAGUUACCUUCAAAACUCUCUCAUGAGGUUCUCAUUACUCUAAUGGCAGAAGUGACUGCAAUAGUGAACUCAAGGCCUCUGACCCCAGUCUCAACAGAUCCUGAGGACCCACAAAUACUUACUCCAGCUACACUGCUGACUCAGAAGUUUGCAUCUUAUCCUGUACCUUCUGGGAACUUUGAUGGUAAAGAUCUCUAUAAAAGACAAUGGAGACAGGUUCAAAGCCUAGCCAAGGUUUUCUGGGACCGGUGGCGCAAACAGUAUCUAUCUACCCUGCAGGUAAGAAGGAAAUGGCAAUCAGAUAGACUUAACAUCAACACAGGAGAUCUUGUCCUUCUAAAAGAUCAACAUACCAAGAGGAAUGAAUGGCCUAUGGGUCGUGUAACAAAGACUUUCCCUGAUAAAGAUGGCAAAGUUCGCAAAGUGGAAAUAAAGAUUGCCAGAGAUGGGAGUUCUACAUUAUUCUUCAGACCAGUGACAGAGCUCAUCCUUCUUCUUCAGUCUGAAGACCCUGCUCCCUGAUUGGACUAGAAUUAUUGUGGUGAUCUUACAGACACCAGGCGGGGAGUGUACUGUUAGGACAGUUAUAUGUCUUUUCAUUUGAUUACAGGUAUGAGCAGUCCUUCAGCUCCAUCUACUGGACACUUGUAGCUAUUUCCUGGUGUUAGUUAUUUGUUUAAUAAAGUUAGUUAUUGACCUCUGAUGUCGUAACUCCAGGUCACAGGAAGUAGGUGUUUCCAGCCUGUGCAGUUCAUCUCAUGUGCUCUCAGCUUUCUCCAUGCUAAACAGGCCCUAUGCAGCAUUGUUGUUUUACCCUUUCAUCUUUAAAUACCCAUUAAACAAGUUAACAACUUA